AUGUCCCAGCCCCAGCAACACAAAGGCGGUUACAAGCAAAUCAACAAGGCGCUCAACAUAUGCGCUUUUGAGGACUAUCUUUCCGCUCAGCUGAAACACCUUCCUCACUUGGAAGACGUAGAGCAAUUGAGCCCGCGAGUCAUCCGAGUUUUAGGGCAGAAUGCCGGCAAGUUCACACUGCAGGGGACGAACACCUACAUCGUUGGAACCGGCUCCCAAAGACUGAUUAUCGACACCGCUCAAGGAAUUCCCGAAUGGGCAGACAUCAUUGAGUCCACUCUGGAUGACCACUCCGUAUCGCUAUCACACGUCCUCCUUUCACACUGGCAUGGUGACCACACCGGAGGGGUCCCCGAUCUUCUGCGCCUCUACCCCGAUCUUUCCGAAGCAAUUUAUAAGAAUUCUCCCGGUAGUGACCAACAGCCUAUCGAUGAUGGUCAGAUAUUUCGGGUUGAGGGUGCAACAAUCCGAGCGGUGCAUGCUCCAGGACAUUCCCACGACCACAUGUGCUUCAUUCUUGAGGAAGAAAAUGCCAUGUUUACGGGCGACAACGUUUUGGGUCAUGGAACUAGCGCAGUCGAAGAGCUGGGCCUCUAUAUGGAGAUGCUGCGUACAUUGCAAUCACACAAUUGCGCUGUUGGCUACCCAGCCCACGGUGACGUGAUUCCCAAUUUGCCGGCAAAAAUAGCAGGCGAGCUGGCACAGAAAACGAGGCGCGAAAGACAAGUCCUCGUGACUUUGGAUCGGCUCAAGAAAGAAAUGCGACGUACAGGUCAAGGCAAAAGGGCAAGCGUCACAGUAAAAGAACUGGUGGUCUUAAUACAUGGGGAAGGAAUCGACGAGGAAGUUCGCAAGAUGGCUCUGGAACCGUUUAUCGAUGAGGUGCUGCGGAAGCUCGCUGAGGACGGCAAGGUAGCGUUUGAGAUGCGAGGGGGCGUAAAACGAUGGUUCGGCGUGGGAGCCUUAUGA